AUGUCUCAUGCAGGAAUUCACUUACUGAUGUCAACACUUAGAGAGACGUUUUGGAUCCUGAAAAGUAGAGCUACGAUUCCAAAAGCUUUAUAUGCAUGUGUCAGGUGCGGGAGACUUGGAGGUAAAAGACUACAGACUGUGCCUGCUACUCUACCAGAAAACAGAGGCGGUCCAUUUGGAACUGAUUUUGUCCCUUUCAACUCAAGGAUUUUUUACUUGGUCUUAGAAGAUUUAUUGCCUCGCAGAGGGAGGCCAUCGAUAAUUUAUAGCGAUAAGGGAAGCAAUUUUGUCAGAUCCAAUAAUCUCUUGAGAUCGAUUAAUUGGAAUACCAUUGAGAUAGAAGCCGCCACAAACAAGAUCGAUUGGAAGUUCAGUCCACCCGCAGCACCAUGGUGGGAUGGCUUUUGGGAACGACUUGUUCAAAUGAUUAAGAAGCUUUUGCGUCGAGUCCUACGCCAGUCAUGUCUGAAUUAUGAAAAAUUUAUGAGUGUGUUGUGCGACUGCGAAGCAACUGUGAAUGCCAGACCACUCACUUAUGUGUCAGAGGACUCAGAUGAUCUCAUCCCUUUGACACUAUCCUUGUUUUUAGGUAAAAUUCCAGUCUUUGGAGUUCCUGACUUGGAUCAUCUUGAUAAA